AUUUUCCUUCGAUGCUGCUAGUUUAUUUUCUUUUUAGUCUGGAGUUGUGUUGCUCUUGUUGUUGUCCGUGUAGUCAGUUCUGUGGUCUCGACAGCUGACGUAAAAAAAAUAACGCAUAUUGGUGAUCCACUAUCGAUCUGGAAGAAGGUUCACUUUAGUACAACACAUUCACCUUUCGCUUGUCCAUCUAGUCGUCCGCCUUUAUUAAUCUUGUUGUCGUCCACCUUUUCAGUUGUCGUCCACCACUCUAUCGUUCGUUCAGUACAACAUCAAAAAUUUCAAAUUUCAGUAUAGCCGCUUCUACUUAUUGAUUAAAUAAAGAGCAGUGGUGAUCGUUUUCGUUAUUUUCGCACCAGGACUGUCACUGUCGCGCUUGAAUCUCACCCCCUUGCAGCUCUCUAGUACAUUUCUUUCCUCGGCAAGAGCUGAGCUUCUACUUUAUCGCUUUACAUAAUUUACUUGAGCGAGAAUGUUGCUACGUGAUACGCAUACGUCCAAGAAACGACGCGCCGUUUUCGAGGAACAGAAGAUGAAAAAAAUGUAUGAUAGCAACUUUCGAAGUUGUUGUACUAAGGCAAGAAUUUCUUGUCAACUUUUAGGGCCACGGCGGCUGUGGAAAAUACAGCAACUUUUAAUAUUGCUAAUUUUGCUCUACCACUUCGACUACAACUUCCCAUGCCGCCAAGAAUUAUUGUCGUUCCUACUAUCUCGUUGUUCAUUUUUUUCACAAAGAGGAGGUGGGCAUAAGCAAAAUGCUGCUCAUUUUACCGAAAAAACAAAUUAUGACACCGAGGAAAGAAGAACGAAGGAUCAUGCGGGCGAAGAUGCUCUACGAUUCCCACCCAACUCGUCCACCAGCUCAGCGACCUUGCUGCAUCACGUGCAACAACAUUCUAUCCUCGCGCCGGGAAACCCCUGUGCAGGAGUGUUCGUGUUUGCCUUGCAGCUGCAGCGCAAGGUGUCCGUGGGGCGCAAGAAAACGAGGAAAAUUAAAGCGAAGCUGCUGGAGCAGCAGGAGCGUGUCACCUCCAGGACGCAGACGAGGAAAAUUAGUAAACACGGGCACGGCCGCGUGUCGGUGUCGAGAAAAACCCAAAAGGCGAAACAGUGCGAGAUAUCAAAAUAAAAAAUCCCCCCACCCCAUACUCAAACUAGAAAUUUGUGAUGCAGAUUCGUGGCCACAUUCACAAUUCAGCUUUGUCAUGCUAGAAGGGAAAAGAUGCGGACUGUAGUGGUGGUUGGCGUGGGAAUAAACCUUUGCAUCUUCAGCAUGACAGGAGGCAGCUGGAAGUGGGAAACAGCAUGACAAACUGCCUGCAAGCGAGGCCAUAGCUGCGUCUCUUGGCCUUCUAGCAUUACAAGUCGACUUGUGUACUCAAAUACAGCAUCACAAAUUUCGUUUUCGAUAUUGGGAGUAGGGAUUUUUCCUUUUGAUACGAGACGUGCGACGGCCGAAAGUCACGGUCCGAACUGCUUUAUCAACUGUAAAAAUGUCUGGGUCUGGAAGAAUGCAUGUCUGUCAUGCUUGUCUGGCAUGACUCUUAAAUCUGUCAUGCACGUUACCCAAGAGCUCCAUUUUUCUGUGAUGCAGAAACGCAGUUUGUCAUGCAGAAUAGGCAACACCUAGAAGCUCAGAAACUUGUCAUGCUGGGCCAGCAUUUGUGGCCUCAUCAUGAGACGCCACCCAGCAUCACAAGUUUCCAGACCCAGACACUUUUACAUUUGAUAUGCUUGCCGAGGAAAAGAAGGGCGUUGUCAGUGGCUUAGCGGUUCUGGGCACUGCUCUCACUGUAGGGGGCAACGGCGAGGAGGAGGUUGGGCUUGGCUCCCCCCCGUCGGUUGUUUCAUCUUCUUCAGAAGAAGGUGCGCCACAAGGCCCCCAGCAAGAAGUCGGGAGUGGGGACGACGAGAACGAGGCUAAUUCCGCUGGACAAGGAACACGACUAUAUGCAUUGCAAAAGUAUCGUACUCGUAUAAAUGCAUCACAAAUUUCCUCAGCAUGAGAAAUAAUGCGGAUUUAACUUGAGAAAGCAAAGAAAUUCAAACUUGUAAUGCAUGAAUGGGAUUACUACGAAUACGAUACUUUUGCACAGGAUAGACUAGACGAGGUGUUGACGUCGACCUCGAGCAGUAGUACAACAGUGCGGCCGGCGUCAACGACACCCGCCACUACUCCAGUAAGAACCGCGGCCACUCCCUUGACCACGCAACCAUCGGUGAGGACUACGCAACCAACAACCGUAUCGACUCCUGCAACGGUGACAACUGCAUCAACAGCCGCCCCGUCGUGGUGUUUGCAGCAGCUCGGUCAGAACGCCAAUUGCUUCGAGGCGCCAGAUAUGGAUUGUAAAAAUGUCUGGGUCUGGAAGAUUCUGAUGCUUGUCAUGCACGUUUUGCAUGAGCCGUGGUGUCGGUGAUGCAUGCCCUAGCAUCACAGAUUUUUUGAGGGCUUCUUGAUGCCUAUUCCGCAUGACAAAUUCCCUUUCCGCGUAGCACAAGUUGCGUUCUCUUUGGUGCUCAUGCAAUACAGAUUUUUUUGGAAUCCAAGUUCAGCAUCACAAGUUUCAUUCUUCCAGACCCAGACAUUUUUGCAAUUCAUACCAGAUUGUUGCAGUUCCGGGCUGCAGUGUUACGACAGCGACUCACCAGGUUACGCACUGUGCAUGUCGUACUGUGUUCCCGGAGCGGAGAAUCCCGACUGGCAGGGUUGGAACUGCAACGUUCUCGGCAGCGGCUCUUCUUCCUCAACUGGUACAACCGCGGCGCCGGUUACACCAGACCCCGCUCUGCAGCAGAUAUCAAGAAGAAAAAUGCCCCCUCCUCAUUAUCAAAACGGAAAUUUGUGAUGCAGAUUUGUGGCCACAAAUGCAAAUUAGCUUUGUCAUGCUAGAAGGGAAAUAAAGCUGCGGACUGCAGUACUGGGAUGCGUGGGAAAGCCUUGUAUCUUCAGCAUGACGGGAAGCAGCUGGAAGUGGGAAACAGCAUGAGAACUUGACUGCAAACGAGGCCACAGCUGCGGCUCUUGGCCCUCUAGCAUUACAAGUCGAUUUGUGUAUUCACAGACAGCGUCGCAAAUUUCUUUUCGAUAUGGGGAGGGGGGAUUUUUCCUUUUGAUAGCAGAAGCUAGAGGACAUUGCACGGUGGAAAGCGGACCAUCCCAACUGCAAGGCGAUAUCACAAGAAAAAAGUGCAUACAGUUACACGUUUGUUGUAUACUUCAGCAACACAAAUUUUCUUUGUGUGCCAGAGAAAACUUGCGAUGCAGCGAUCCUAAGGGAAGUAAACACGUAGGAAACAAAUGUUGUAAAUGAAGUUCGCCAGGAUUUCUUGCAUCACAGAGGUUGUCUGUCUUGCGGCUCCUGCAAUAACACAAUGUGUCACUGAAGCACUUUGUUCUUGGAUAGGCGAUCUCCAUGAACGAGUACCCCGAUGAUGCGAUUAACCUGGUCCUGCUGGUAUGCCCUGCAAAAGUGUCGCACUCGCAGUAAUUUUUCUCGCAGCCAUGGCGCAUUACAAGUCUAGCUCUUAAAGGAAUUCCGCAUGACAAGUUACGUUUCAAAUGCUGAGCAAAUUUGUAAUGCAGGCUAUCAGUACUAGUUCCUUCUAGAUCUAGAGUGCGAUACAACCUUUGCAAUGCAUAGCUGGGCUCUGGUUACCACAACGCAAAAGCCGAAUGGGAGCGGCAGGCUUAUUACAUGUACGACCUCCUGCGGGCCGCCCCGUUUGAGGAGAUCUACAACGCCGCAGACAACCUAUGCAUUGCAAAUAUCCCUGGAUGUCUGGAAGAGUGGAAUUUGUAAUGCUGUCUGCGGAUUCUAAAAAUAUCUGUGUUGCAUGAGCAGCAAGAAGAGUCCAGCUCUUGGCACGCGGAGAGGGCACUUCGCAUGCGGUGUCGGCAUCAGAAAGUCCUCGCAGAGUCUGUGAUGCUACGGCUUGCAUCACAGACAUCAUCGGUCAUGCAAAAUCAGCAUGACAAACUCCUGCGUUUUUCUUCUAGGUGGCCCAGACAUGUUUGCAUUUCAUACAACCCCGGUUUGAACGUUUUCUAUGUGUCAACGCCGGACAAUGAGCAUCCUUCCUUCGACUCCACGCAGUCUGGCUGCUAUCACGGCUGCUACAAUUUUGACCGGCUGCUGUGCUGUGGCGCGCGAAACAAAUAUGAAGAAUCAUACCCGAACGGUAUGCAUUGGAAAUUAAAAUAUUAUCUCUGGGUCAUCUGGACGAAGCUUGUAGUUGCAACUUGUGAUGCUGUUUUUGAAUUAUUUUUUCAAAAAAAAUCUGCAUUUUUUUUAUUGCGUGUUGACCAGCAAGAAGAACAGGAGUCCAGUUUGUGCUACUUGGGGAGGGUUUUAUUAUCUCGUGAUGUGGAACAAUAGGCAUGAUCAGGAAAGACGAAGAACCCUCGAAUAAAACUCUGUGAAGAUGAUCAUGCUAGUCACUACACUCCUCCAGACCUGAUGGUCGCCAAAGAGUGAAAAUAUUAACUCGCAUGUUGAAAUCAAACCGUGCAGUCAACAUCUUCCAGACGGCGCCCAGAAGAUAUGAUAUUUGCACAGGUGGAUAAACGGGUACAUUGCGCAAUACCGAACCCACGCGUUUGAGCAGUGCGGCCACGGGUAUCACAUGACCUUCCUUAUCAUUCACAACUCGCAGCCGGCGCGUUACGGUGGGGCCGGCAAUUAUGGAAGCGCCAGGAUCGAAAUCGUCAAAGUUGAAAAGAUUAAGAUUUGUAAAUGCAUGAGACCGAUACCAGUUGGAAGCCCAAAUAUCAAGCGGCGAAUGACAAAUUUUCCGAGCACCGGAAUCCAAUUUGUCAUGCUGUUUGGGCGUCGAAGACUGCUUUUGUCAUGCUCCUUUAGCAGCUCUAUCCCAAACGACCCUAAAGAGGCUCACAACCGGCCGCGGUUGCUAUCCCGGCAAGACGGGCAUUUCAUGCGUUGCAUUUUUUGCAUGGCAAAUCAUUUCAACUUUGUCGUUUUCGUUGCUGACGCUUCCAUAGAAAUAUGGGCGCGGCGGUGGUUGCCAGGGACCUUGGCCCAGUCGCGGGCCACGAGGUGGCGCAUUCUCUGUUUAACCUGGCGGACGAGUACUGGUAUGCGUCAGACACGAGCUACGUCCGCGACGAUUCGCGAAACCCGAACUGCUAUCAAAUGUAAAAAUGUCUGGGUCCUCUGGAAGAGUGGAACUUGUAAUGCUGUCUGGAAAUAAAGUAUCUGCGUUGCAUGAGCAGCAAGAGGAGUCAGUUCUCAUGCGUAAUUAGCAUCAAGCAGCUCUCAAAAAAUCUGUGAUGCUAGCGUCAGCAUCUCAGCCCUCACGGGUCUUCAUUCAAAAUGUGCAUGACAAGCCCCGACUCUUCCAGAGGACCCAGACAUAUUCACAUUUGAUAACUGCCUCGACAGGGGGACUUGUCAUCAGUACUACAGCGACUUAUCGCGAUUGGUCACUGCAGGCGAGAUAACUUCGGACCAGCUCGGCGACUGCACGCGCGGCUGCGACCAAAGUCCGACAAGCCCGGACUGGUUCCGGCUGAAGGAGAGCUUCAUGCAGGAAAAUGGGAGGGACGUCGGCGUUUCCAACCAGCGAAUUAUCUGCUGCAAGUACGUUCUAUGGAAGCGUCAGGUUUGAAAUCGUCAAAGUUGAAAUAAUCUGUAAUGCAUAAAAUGCUUGACCCGAGGCGCGUGUGUUGCAGCGCAGGCAAGUGAGGCCGAUUGUAAGCCUGUUUGGGGUUACAGCUCGAGCUGCUAAAGUAGCAUCAGAAAAUCGCUCUUCUUUGCCUAAACAGCAUGACAAACUGGAUUUAGGGACCGCCGAAAUUUGUCAUGCGCCACUUGGAAACUGGGUUCCAGCUGGCAUCCAUUUUAUGCAUGGCAAAUUAUUUCAACUUUGUCGAUUUCAACUCUGACACAUCCAUACGCUCUCCUGUUGGGCCGGAGGGAGGAGGACGAACUUCCCAAAUUUUGCCGCAAGUUUAUGGCGUUCUCAAACGUUACAUUCUCAACUGUUACAUGAAAUUUGUCAUGCAAGAACGGCAAAAGUGAAAGGGAUGACCUUGCGCGUCUUGCAUGACAGAUUCCGCCCAGAUUCUCAGCCUGUUUGACGCUUAGAGAAAUUGUCAUGCGAAGCAGCUUUAGCGUGUCAAUUCUGAUUGUGAUUUUGCAUGGCAAAUCGUGUAACUGUUGAGAAUGUAACAUUUGAGAACGCCAUAAAGUUCAACCACGCGGGCUUGAAUCUGGAAAAUUUUUGCGAAGCGUUAUCCUACAAAUACGCGGACUAUUCCGAAUAUGGAACCAACAAUUUGUUGCUCUCAUCUAAUAUUAAUACCGGUCGGGGCGGGCGGGGCGGUUCGUCGUGGCGGGCCCCGACUAGUUUAUCGUGAGAAAAAAGUGCUACAGCUACGCAUUGUGUUGCAGGAGCCGCAAGACAGACAACCUUUGUCAUGCAGGAAAUGCUUGCGAGCCUCGUUUCCUCCGCAUUUUCCCUUAUGAUCUUUGCAUUACAAGUUUUGUCUGCCACACCGAGAAAAUUUGUGAUGCAGAAACUCCAACAAGUGUGUAACUGUAGCACUUUUUUCGUGGGAUGUAGUUCAUCUCAAGCUUACUACACCCCCCCGCAGCUGCCCUACGACUUUCCCGGAGCAGGCGACGAGCCCGCACGUGAGUGCGAGUCAGAGUUGUCCCGCCAAGAGCUCCGAAUUCUGGGCGGCAAAACGGGGUUAUGACAGUGCACAACUCCCCCUCGUCCCCCUCUUUUGUCAUGCAAAACACCAACUCCACCCUCUGCCUUGUGCCACUACUAUGCAUGACAGAUUCCUGAAGCGGCCGAAACAGCACUACGUACAAUCAGUCGCAAAUUUGUCAUGCAAAAGCUGCAUCUGUGCCAGGCCUUGUGUUGCUACGGAAGAUGCCAUCCAAAUGAGGGGGAGGGGAGGUUGUGCGCUUUCAUAGGGGUACGGAGGCGAGCGUAGUGACGAGUAUGUGAUCGUGUUUAAUGACCCAAAGGUAUCAAAAGGAAAAGUCCCCCCUCCCCAUAUCAAAAUGGAAAUCUGUGAUGCGGGAUUUGUGUUGUACACAAAUAGACUUUGUCUUGCAGCAGAGGCCUGCAGGCAGGCACACAGCCUGAGCAGCGGCGUUUUGGUGUAGGUGCCUAGCAAGGCAGGCGUAUCCUCUGCAGGCAAUACAGCAUUACAAAUUGCCUGCAAAACGCUGCGGAGUCUCUGGCGUUGCUCUCGUGCAAUACAAAGACGAUCUGUGGUCACAAAUCCGCAACACAGAUUUUCAGGAGUGUCGCUUUUUGGUAUGGGGAGGGGAGAUUUUUCCUCACAAUAAAAGGCCUACAUGGUGAAGGACGAAGUGGUAGUAGUAACACCGCCUUCUUUAUCAAAAGAAAAAAGUUCGUCACGAUCACUCAUGGGCAUUUUUGCAAUACAAAAUUGUCUGUCAUGCGUAAAAAUGCAUCACAGCCACACUUCAUAAGGGAUCUCCCUAGUGUUUCUGCAAUACAAGGAGAAGUUGUGAUGCUAAAAAAGUUGUAAUGCAAAACCUGCAAGUUAGUGACUGUGACAAACUUUUUUCUUUCCAUAUUCUUCUUCAUCUUCCUGGUCUUCUACAACUACCUCUCAGGUGGAGACGAGAACAAAUAGUGCUUCAUUUGUUCGGAAGACCAUUUGUUCGCAAGUGCAGACGCAGGAGAAGUAUGCGUUGCAAAAGUGUCUGGGUCUGGAAGAUUCUUACAUUUGUCAUGCGUGUCUGAUAUGACUCGGGAAUCUGUGAUGCAUAGGGGCAUCGGAAAAGGCUCUCCUAUCUGUCAUGGAAAAACGUUGUUUCUCAUGCGGAAUACGCAGCACAUAGUAGCUCAAAAAUUUGUCAUGCCUGGCUGCGUAAUAUUGCAGUCCGGCGAUCAUCCACUUUUAGCAUUACAAGUUUCCAGACCCAGACACUUUUGCAGCUGAUAACAAGGUGGGGCACACGAAGGAGGGGCUCAUGCCGACGUCCUCGAAGAACCGCGUCGGAACAUCAAGUGGGAAGAAGAACGGAUCCGGAGGUAGUACUGAAGAUACAAUGCAUGACUCUGGUGGCCGCGCCGACGUUCCUUUACUCUCGUCUUCGGAAACUACACUUGAGAGUAGCAGAGCAACCUAUCAACUGUAAGAAUGUCUUGGUCUGGAAGAAUCCAACUUGUCAUGCUGAUUUUGGAUUCUAAAAAAAUCUGUAUUGCAUGAGCAGCAAAGAGAGUCCAAGUUUUGCUACACGGAAAGAGCAUUUGUCAUGCGGUAUAGGCAUCAGGAAGCCCUCACAAAAUCUGUGAUGCUAGGACAUGCAUCACAGACAUCAGGAGUCAUGCAAAAUGUGCAUGACAAACCUGGCAAUCUUCCAGACCCAGACAUUUUUACAUUUGAUACAACCCCCUCCAGGACGAUGUUGGAGAAAAAAAGACGGUGCACGCACGGCGCAUUUCGGAGAACCGACGUGGUGGGCGACGUUGAUUGCUGGUUCGACGAGGAAAAUAGGCAGCUGCGAAUUUUUUUGCCAGAAGAAGAUCCGGCAGUUGUACGACGAGCUCGUCGUGAGGAGCAGGACGACAAAAUGAAAAUGGAACAUCAAGCGAACAAGAAAACUUACUCCAGAGACGACAUUGUGGCGGUGAAAGUGAUUCCAUUGUCCUCCUCUACCUCCUAUCAAGUGCAAAAAUGUCUACUGGGCCUGGAAGAUUCUAAUCUUGUUGUGAUGCUGUGUUUGGAUUCCAAAGAAAUCUGUAUUGCAUGACCAGCCAGAGGAGUCCAGUUUGUGGCACGCGGGGGGGACAUAGGCAUUUCUCAUGCGGAAUAGGCAUCAGGAAGCCCUGUAAGAAUCUGUGAAUGUGAUGCUAGGGCCUCAUGCAUUACAGACGUCAUGGGUCAUGAAAAAUCUGCAUGACAAACCUGGCAAACUUCCAGACCCAGACAUAUUUGCAUUUGAUAGUACAACGAGUAUGACAACUUCUAAGACUUCUCGAACGGUGUGCUUUUGGAAACAUGAGACGCUGGAGAUCCCGCUCCCUGAAGUAGACCACACGACCAGAAGCGGGGACCAAGAUCAGCACAAGAUGAAUGCUGAGGAUCAACAAGAACAAGCUCUACUUGGCACGACGAACGCCAACAUCACAACAGCCACCCAUGAAGAGACAACUGCCCCCGUCGUGGUGCCUGUGAAAAAUAAAAUCAUAAGUCACAUCCAAGUCCCCCGAACGCGGUUCAACCUGGUGCUGCAGGAAAAGGAGGAGUGUGAGGCGGUGGACAUAAAUACCGUGUCUGUGGUGCUGGAUAGAAGUACUGCAACUAGAUUCGAUUUCGACCCGACGAGCAGUCACACUUCUCCUCCGUCGGAACAAGGCGAGGUUGAAGAUAAAACAGCACGACUUUUAUUUCCUGCAAAUAUGCGCCCCGAGCAGGAUCAUUUGAGCGGAGUCGUGGCUGGUCGAAGUAGUUCUACUACUUCAGGAAUGCCCUGCGCGCCCGGGGGUUCGUCGUCGGGGGCAGGUGGAUCAUCUUCGUGUGCUGGAGAUGAUGGAGAUGUAGGUUCGCCGGAUGAAGGGAACUAGAAGUACGUAGUGUAGUCCCAGGUGACCACCCUCGUCUUUCUACUGACUUCUACAUUCUAUGCAUUUUUUUUUGAAAAUUCUCAUAAUGAAAAUUAAAAAUCGAAUCAUAAAAGCGCUACGACUGCUAUAUCAUAUUACCGCACCAGUAGUAGACAGAGGAGAUGAAGUAGAUGCGCAUAAGGAUCGAAACUGCAGGGAGAGGACGAGAUGAGGUCCACCUCUACUUUGAGGACGCGAAGGGCGAAUGGAUAAUUCUUGUUGUGCUUACGAUGUACAUGUAGCAGCCAGUAGAAACUCGCAGCAUCCAUUCUUGAAAACAUCAUUUUUCGUGUCCACGUCCACUUUACCCACUGACUCUUGUGGUUUUCUACUUUAUCGUUUCUUAUCCAUAUGAACUUGCUACGUCAACUACAUGUAACGUCGUGGUCCUUCAACAUCGUCCUUCACCC